AUGUCGGGCUUCUGGGUUCCCUUGCUUUUGUCAUCUGUAAGCACACUGAGCAUGGUCCAUGUAUCUGUGAAGCAGUCUGAAACUACCGUUGGAACAGAUAAAAAAAUUGGAGAGUCCGUCAAGACGGUUAUACCACUGGUGCAUGGUCUUAUUUUACUCGCCCUUGCACUUGCAAAAGCACGCACGUACUUGAAGCUCGCUUCCGGGUUCAAAGGGUUUCGCCUUGUCAAAAUUCUUGUCCAGGAUUAA